UUUGAAAAGCGGAAGUUGCAGUAGAUACUACGCAGUGCAGAGCGAACUCUAGAGCGUGUGAAGUGAUUUUUCUUUGUGUCCUGUGAGGAUUCUCGUAUGAGCAUCGCGAGUCACGAUCAAGGAAGAUUUAGUCACAAAAGUGAACGCAUUCUGAUGGAUUUUUGGACUUAGACUGAGCACAGUUGGAGUGUUUUUACUGUUUUUUAUUUGUUCUCAAGUGCAAUAUAUAGUGAAUUGAUUUUGGAAACAUGAGACCACCGUCGCAAUUCGGCAACGACAUCACAAACACCACGACCAAUGACAACAACGGCGGAGACGGCUUCGAUCCAAAUGGAAAUGGACCUCCUAUUCCGCCCAGCAUCGCCCACCUGGGGGGUACCCUCAUCUGCGCCCGCUUGGCCGGAAAUGGGGUGAUCAGGGUGGUCAGGAGGUGCGACGACGCCAAAGAGAAUGGCACAAAUCUGGACCUGUCCGAGUGCCAGCUGAUGCAAGUCCCGGACGCAGUUUACCAUCUAAUGAGGAACACCGAACUCAAAACUUGUGAUCUUAGUUGUAACGUCAUCAAGAAAAUUCCACCGAAAUUCGCUGUGAAGUUCAGUUUAAUCACAGAUUUGAACUUGUCCCACAAUCAGAUGUCGAAACUCCCUGACGAGCUGGCGGACCUGGCCCUGGAGCGACUAGACAUUUCCCACAAUUCAUUCACCACGCUGCCCCAAGUUGUGUUCAAGAUGCCCAAGUUGCGGCAACUGUACGCCAACAACAACUCCAUCAUCGAGGUGGAGUCCGACGAGAAGGCCAUCCAGUCGGAGUCACUGGAGUUGGUGGACCUGCGGAACAAUCCACUGACCCCACAGUGCUACGAGCGUCUCCGGGGCGUGAAGCUGCAUUUCCACAUCGAGCUGUCGGAGCGAGUACAGGAGGAUUGGGAGGAUCUCACAAUAUGAUUUCAGUCUGCCUCUGAUGAUCACUUAAUCUCUUAGCGAUAGGAUCGAUUUGCUGUAUCUUUUUAUACCACACUCAAAGUGUAUUUUCUGUACUUAAGGCGCGAUGCUGUAGAAUUAUGCCAAAAAUAUGUAUCACUCUUGAGCCACGGAGGAUUCCGUCCUCUCGAAAUCUAGUCUGAUUAGUCCAAGGAGAUGUGACUCUGGAUGUGUGACUUGUAGUUGUUUUUUUUCUCUUUAACCCUGUUGUCAAAAGUGCGAGAAUCCUGUACGACAAUUAUUGACUGUGUGGAAAUAAUAUCAGACGCUAUAUCGUAUGUAGGAAUAAUUAUGCAUAAUAUCUCUUAAAUUUUAUAAAAGUUGUGAACCCAUCUAACCAUUGUUGAUAAGAAAAGAAUGUGACUCUAGUGUCUUUUUCACUUAAAAUAUGUAUAUUUCUAAAACUCACGUAACAAUGUUUGUUGUCUCUUUUUUGUGACAAUAUAGCAAAAAAGGUGGAUGAUCCUAGAUUGAAAAAAAUAUUCUGUGAUUUCAUUGCAAAUCAUGCAUAGUGUCUUCUUCACGUCGUAUGCAAAACUCACUUUUAUGACAAAUUUUAUGUGUCACGUUUUAUGAGCGAGAAAGGAAGCAAAAAAGAGCUUAGUAAGACGAAAAA